GAAAAACACAUACACAUAAUUCAUCAAAAUUAGUCUUGUGUUAAGCAACAAUAAUGUGGUCUAUAGUAGUGGAUCCCAUUAGAGAUCUUAUUGCAAGAAUUAUGCAACAUGCCAUCCAUAAAGAUUUCCAUGAAAUUGUGUCUAAAAUGACACCCAUCGAUGCUUUUAUCUUCCUUAUUGUACACUCAAUUGACAAACUGGGGAUAUGGCACCGUUUGCCUGUUUUCUUAGGCCUAAUUUACUUGAACCUUAGACGCCAUCUUCACCAACAAUACAACCUUAUAAAUGUUGGGACAGCACCUGUAGGGAUUAGGUACAACCCUACAGAUUUUCCAUAUAGAACAGCUGAUGGAAGAUAUAAUGACCCUUUUAAUGAUGGUGCUGGAAGCCAAGGGACUUUCUUUGGUAGAAAUGUUCCUCCUGUUGAUCAAAAGGAAAAGUUGUUGAAGCCAAAUCCAAUACUAGUGGCCACAAAACUUCUAGAGAGAAAAACAUACAAGGACACUGGGAAGCAAUUUAAUGUGAUAGCAGCAUCUUGGCUUCAAUUUAUGGUACAUGAUUGGAUUGAUCAUAUGGAGGACACCAAGCAGAUUGAACUAAGUGCACCACGAGAAGUUGCAAGUCAAUGCCCAAUGAAAUCUUUCAAGUUCUACAAAAUAAAGGAAAUUCCCACCGGAUUCUAUGAUAUCAAGACUGGAGCUGCUAACAUCCGCACACCUUGGUGGGAUGGAAGCGUGAUAUAUGGAAGCAAUGAAGAAGUUUUGAACAAAGUGAGGACUUUUGAAGAUGGGAAGUUAAAAAUAUCAAAGGAUGGUAACCUUCUCCAAAACGAAGAUGGGACAGCAGUAUCAGGUGAUGUUCGCAAUAGUUGGGCUGGUGUCUCAACUUUGCAGGCCCUUUUUAUUCAAGAACACAAUGCUGUUUGUGAUGCUCUUAAGAAGCAUUACCCAGACUUUGAAGAUGAAGAUCUUUAUCGUCGAGCUAGAUUGGUGACUUCAGCUGUGAUUGCAAAGGUUCACAUCUUAGAUUGGAGUGUAGAGCUCAUUAAAACCGACAUUUUGCUUGCAGGCUUCCGAUCCAAUUGGUAUGGAAUAUUGGGAAAGAAAUUUAAGGACACAUUUGGACAUCUUGGAGUAGCCAUCUUGAGUGGAUAUGCGGGCAUGAAGAGAACGGAAAAUCAUGGUGUUCCAUACUCUUUGACUGAAGACUUUUCUAGUGUUUAUAGAAUGCAUCCACUACUACCUGAUUCUCUGCAUUUGAGAGACAUUUCUGCCACCCCAGGACCAAAUAAAUCUCCACCAUUAAUCAAAGAGAUUCCUAUGAAUGACAUGAUUGGACUACAAGGAACAAAGACCUUGUUUGAGAUAGGAGUUGCAAAACAAUUAGUAUCAAUGGGUCACCAAUCUUGUGGAGCUCUAGAACUGUGGAACUACCCAUCAUGGCUGAGAAACCUAGUACCACAUAAUGUAGAUGGCACAGAAAGAUCUGAUCAUGUGGACUUAGCUGCUCUUGAAAUUUACAGGGAUAGAGAGAAUAAUCUUGCAAGAUAUAACCAAUUUAGGAGAGGAGUGCUAAUGAUACCUAUAUCAAAAUGGGAAGAUUUAACAGAUGAUAAAGAAACCAUUAAAGUAUUAGAAGAGUUGUAUGGAGAUGAUGUUGAGGAGCUUGAUUUGCUAGUAGGUCUCAUGGCAGAGAAGAAGAUAAAGGGUUUUGCAAUUAGUGAGACUGCUUUUGCAAUAUUCAUUGUCAUGGCAACUAGGAGGCUAGAGGCUGAUAGGUUUUUCACAAUCAACUUCAAUGAGGAGACAUACACCAAAGAAGGUUUGGAAUGGGUGAACACAACCGAGAGCUUAAAAGAAGUGAUUGAUCGUCACCAUCCAGAAAUGACAGACAAAUGGUUGAACGCUUCUAGUGCUUUCUCUGUUUGGGACGCACCUCCAAACAAACCCAAUUCUAUUCCACUUUAUUGUCGUGUUCCUAACUAGUUGUUGAACUUAUUUAUGUGUUUGUAUUUGAACUGUCUUAAAUAGUUCUUUGUUGUAUUUGUGUUUAUACAUACAUUACACAUUUAUACUUAUGUGUAUGUUGUAUCCAUGUUUGUUGUAUUUGUGUCUUUCAUAACAAUCCUAUUGUAACGAAUAAAACUAAUACUGUAACUCAAGUUUCUAGGACUAGGAGCAUGAGAGAGAUGAGGCAAAUGAGUGAUUUUGCAUUCUCUCCCACUGCAAGUUUCUGCCCCAUCUUCUUCUGUUUUUAGUACUUUCAGUAGUUUUCCCUUUGUAUUUCCAUGAAAUGGAUGUGAUUUUCCAUACUAGUAAAUCUAGUAGUUUGUUUCCAAAAGCUCAACCUCAUUUGUAUUGUUACAUUGUAUUAAUGAAGUUUUGAGAAAUAUAGUUA